AUGGCUCCAUCGCUAGCCAGACUUCGCAGUGAGCGUGGUACAUGCAAGGCCACAAUCACAAAAAUCGAAUCUUUCCUGAACACUACGGAAGCCCUCUCGGAAGAGGCCCUGAAAUGUCGUCUUGUCUCACUUCGGCGCGCAGCGGAAAAGUUUGAGGUUAUCCAGAGCAACAUCUACGAGUUACUGGACGAUGGUCAGACUGCCCUCGACAACGAAGAAGCGGAAGUUGCCAAUUUUGAGGAGAGGGUUGUUGUACUUGAGACGAGAAUCAAUUCUUUGCUUAAAACAUUCAUCAUAACCUCAAAUCAGUCAGAAGCUUCCGACGUAGAUGAGGACAAUCUCACUAAAAUGGCCAUGACAUUGGCACAGGCAAUCAGGGAUGGCAAUCAGGGUCCUCGACCUCAACACAUGAAGCUUCCUCAAUUAGAUAUUCCUAAAUUCUCAGGGGAAUAUACUGAUUGGCGGUCUUUCAGGGAUCUUUACAAACGCAGCAUUCACCAGAAUGCAGAUCUUUCGGCAGCUCAAAAGUUCCAAUACCUACAAGGGCUCGUCGAGGGUAAAGCUAAGGCUGUCAUCAAACACAUUCCGGCCACGGAUGAGAACUAUGAGGAUGCCUGGCAAAGCCUGGAGAAAAGAUUUGACAAGAAGCAAUGCAUUCUUUUCUCUCACAUCGAUGCAUUUUUCGGACUGAAGAAUGUCCCUGACAGCCACCCAAUCGGCCUCAGAGGCCUCCUGAAUUCAGUUCUGGAGUCAAUCAACGCUGUCGAUGCUCUGGGCUACAAGGAAAGGGAUGUGUGGCUGAUGAACUUCAUUCUUCGCAAAGUGGACAAAAAUACUCACGAUCUAUGGACAGCGAAGUUUCCACAAACAGAUGUUCCUUCCUGGAGUGACUUUUUGGAUUUUCUCGAACGCAGAUGUGACGCACUGGAAGCAUCCAGGUCAAACAAUCCAUCAUCUCAACAUCAAGAGGGAAAUUCCAAGAGCUCUAAGACUUCCAAGCCUCCCAGGACAACAUUGGCAGUAGCAGUACAAGUUUGUGAAAUGUGUGAGCAAGGAGCACAUUUCAGCUAUCAAUGCCCCAAGUUUGUGGCUGCAACACCGCCUCAGAGACUUCAGCUGGCCAGGCAGUGCAAGUUGUGCUUCAACUGCUUGCGAAAUUGA